AUCCUCGCUUUUUCAAUCAGCUGUCCACAGGACUGGACAUCAUUGGCUUGGCUGGGGAGUGGCUGACAUCAACUGCUAAUACAAACAUGUUUACCUAUGAAAUUGCUCCUGUUUUUGUCCUUAUGGAACAAAUAACACUUCGAAAGAUGAGAGAGAUUAUUGGAUGGCCAAAUAAAGAUGGUGAUGGAAUAUUCUCACCUGGAGGAGCUAUCUCCAACAUGUACAGCAUAAUGGCUGCACGCUACAAGUAUUUCCCUGAAGUGAAAACCAAAGGCAUGGCUGCAGUCCCUAAACUGGUUCUCUUUACCUCAGAACAUAGUCACUACUCAAUAAAGAAAGCUGGAGCUGCACUUGGAUUUGGAACAGACAAUGUGAUUUUGAUAAAAUGCAGUGAAAGAGGCAAAAUAAUACCAGCUGAUUUGGAGGCAAAAAUUUUGGAAGCAAAACAAAAGGGAUAUGUUCCUCUUUUUGUAAAUGCAACUGCAGGCACUACAGUAUAUGGAGCCUUUGAUCCAAUACAGGAGAUUGCAGAUAUAUGUGAAAAAUAUAAUCUCUGGCUCCACGUAGAUGCUGCCUGGGGAGGUGGACUGUUAAUGUCCCGAAAGCAUCGUCAUAAAUUGAAUGGAAUAGAAAGAGCCAACUCAGUCACUUGGAAUCCACACAAGAUGAUGGGAGUGUUGUUACAGUGUUCUGCCAUUCUUGUCCGGGAGAAGGGUAUACUUCAAGGAUGCAAUCAAAUGUGUGCAGGGUAUCUCUUCCAGCAAGACAAACAGUAUGAUGUAUCCUAUGACACUGGAGAUAAGGCAAUACAGUGUGGUCGACAUGUGGACAUUUUCAAAUUCUGGUUGAUGUGGAAGGCAAAGGGUACAGUAGGAUUUGAAAAUCAGAUCAACAAAUGCCUGGAGCUGGCAGAGUAUCUCUACACUAAAAUCAAAAACAGAGAAGAAUUUGAGAUGGUUUUUGAAGGGGAGCCAGAGCAUACAAAUGUAUGCUUUUGGUAUAUUCCGCCAAGUCUCAGGAGUAUGCCAGACUGUGAUGAGAGAAGAGAAAAGUUACACAGGGUGGCACCGAAAAUCAAAGCACUGAUGAUGGAGUCAGGUACUACCAUGGUUGGAUAUCAGCCUCAGGGCGAUAAAGUCAACUUCUUCCGAAUGGUCAUCUCAAACCCAGCAGCAUCUAAGUCAGACAUUGACUUCCUCAUUGAGGAAAUAGAGAGAUUGGGGCAGGAGCUGUAGUGCAGUGGUUGAAUUAUUUGUUUUUCCAAUUCACUGUUUUCCAGCACUGGCUCUUUUCUAAACCUAGUUCUAUAGAA